AUGGUGCCCAACGCGUUUGAACUAAGAUUGGAAUCUACUUCAUCCGAUAAGUCCAACGGAAAGAAUUCUUCAAGACGGGAAACAAGCAACGGUACCAAUAAUGGUUCCUCAACUCCCACAAAAUCCCUUAACGGUUCAAGCGAAAAAAAUGAAAAAGCAAAGAUGCGCAAAAUGAUGGAAAACAGCAUCAAAUUACGAAGGAUGGAAUCUGAUAAUCGUGCAGCUAUCACCGAGACCGAAGGUCAACGGUCUCGCUACGGCGUCGUUACUACUCUUCCAACGGAAACGGUCCAAAACCUUGAUACUUUAACCGAAUCAACGGAACCAGGAACGGAAUUGUCAUUCAAAGCACGUCUUCAUGCUGUUCGUAAUGUGAGCAAUAGACUCGCUUUCUUGAUCUUGCGUCAUCAACUUUUGACCGUUCAAGGUGUUUUGCGCUCAGAUGAUUCAAAUAUCACUCGCCAUAUGGUCAGAUGGGCAGAACGGCUACCAAUUGAGACCAUCGUCUUUGUACGCGGAAUCGUACAAAAACCCAACGAAAGGUUGCAAAGUACAGAAUUUCAUAACGUUGAAAUCUUGAUCAAAGCGAUUCAUGUGAUCAGUAUGCCAAACGUGCCUCUUCCAUUCCAUCAUUAUGGAGCAUCAAGCGUUCCACAAACUUCGGCAAAGAUGGCCGUUUCCCAUUCAAACGAAGGAUCAAGAGCAAGUAUCAGUAGCGGCGAAAGUACGUACAGCGUUGGUGCUGAACCCGCCUCUGUCUCUUUACCUGUUCGUAUGGCAAAUCGUGUCUUGGACCUACGUUCUCCUCCUUCACAAGCAAUUUUCCGCGUUCAAGCUGCCGUUUGUCAAGCAUUCCGUCAGUUCUUGAACGAACAAGGUUUUAUUGAGAUUCAUACACCAAAGCUGCUUGGUGGUGCGUCAGAAAGUGGUGCAAGUGUGUUCAAAGUGGAUUAUUUCGGAAGAAGAGCAUGCCUUGCUCAAAGUCCACAAUUGUUCAAGCAAAUGUGCAUUUGUGCUGAUUUUGGUAGAGUCUUUGAAAUCGGUCCAGUGUUCCGCGCAGAAAAUUCAAACACACAUCGUCACUUGACAGAAUAUACCGGUUUGGAUUUAGAGAUGGAAUUGAGUGGAGACGAUUAUCAUGAGGCCAUGUAUAUGAUCGAUGGCUUGCUCAAAAGCAUUUUUGCUAAGUUGCAAAAGUCACACAAACUCGAAAUCGAAAUCGCCAGAAAGAUGUUCCCUAUUGACGAUUUCGUAUAUUUGGAUGAAACGCCAAUUUUGGAGUAUCGCGAAGGUAUUCAAAUGCUCUUGGACGCAGGGUAUACCGAAGAGAAUGGCGAUAAGCCGAAAUCAGAUGAAGAUUUGUCCACUCGUGCUGAAAUGCGUUUAGGAGCUUUGGUCAAGGAAAAAUACAAGACAGAUUUCUAUAUCUUGGACAAAUUUCCUCGUUCUGUUCGUCCGUUCUAUACCCAUCCUGAUGAAAAGAACAUCGUUGCAUCGAAUUCUUUCGACAUCUUUGUACGCGGUCAAGAGAUUAUUUCCGGUGGUCAACGUAUUCAUUUAGCUGAUGAAUUGGAGAACAACCUCAAUAAGCAACAUAUCGACACACAUGGCUUGGAAGAUUACUUGGACAGUUUCCGUUUGGCAGCUCCACCGCAUGCAGGUUGUGGUAUUGGACUGGAACGAUUUGUGAUGCUUUUCCUCGGCUUGAACGAUAUCCGCAAUGCAUCUUUGUUCCCGCGUGAUCCCAAGAGUUUACGCGAGACUCAAUUGCCAACCGACGAUCUACGUCAUCCAGAAGCAACAACCCUAGCCCGUAAGAGAGCACCAGAAGAUGGCUUGCCAAGCCUGGAGAAGCUCAUUGCCAAUUAUGGUGAUUCUUCCAACACAUCUUGGCUUGACGAUCGUUUCACGAUUUGGCGUGAGGAGAUAACUGGCGCAGCAGUAGGAUAUUGCAAGAUGAACGAUCGUUGUGUGGUGAUUGGUAAUCCGUUAUGUGAAGUUGGUCAAUAUAGCAAGGUUGCAAAUGCCUUUUUAGCCGAUAUGAAAAAGAAGAAGCUCAAGCCGAUCUGGCUUUUGGUUGGUGGCGAUUUCGAGUCUGUCUUGAGUCAAACAUGCAACUGGAAUUCGUUAUCGUGUGUAGUCGAAUCCCGAAUCAAAGGCGAUGCAACCGAAGCCGAGAAGAAGGCCCGCUCACAUGAGAAGAAUUUGAAGGUGACUCAUGUUCCAUUCGAAGAAGCUGUUAGCGAUGAGCAAAAGAAAGAGACUGAAAAAUGCAUCGAAGAGUGGAAGAGCAAGCGGAAAGAACGAGGAAAGCAGGUCCAUUUGACGAAUGUAUUGCCUUGGCAAGAUGAAGAACAUAGAUCCUACUUUUUCGUCCACGAAGGCACAACUUUGGUGGCCAUGGUGAUCCUUGCUCAAUUAUCCACCAGACAUGGAUAUCAAAUCAAGUGGGCUCUUGAUUUCCCCAAUGCGCCCAACGGAGCGAUCGAAUAUGCAAUCACGACUGCUAUGCAUACAUACCCAAGCGUAAAAUUGACUUUUGGUGGUUCUGCAGUGGAGAAUUUGGUAGCGGGAUCGAACAUUCGUGGUGUAAAAGCAAAGGCAUUAGAAGGAACUUAUCAUUCGAUCGUUGCCAAUUUGCACUUGCUUAACAAACUUGAAUUCCGCAAGAAGUUUGGUGCUUCUUUAGAUGAAAGAUUAUGGAUUUGUUAUCCACGUGGAGGAAUGGGACCUAGAACGAUUAAAACGAUUUUGUCAUUCUUUGGUGCAACGGAUUAGGUAGAAGGUUGAAGUUGUUAUGUUUGUUGUCGUC